AUGUGUGGGAGGCUGCGGGGAGAAGAUAGAAGCAGUGAGAUAGAGUUCAGGGACUCAUGCGAAACGGCAGGAGCACCGAUGCUUUGGUGCAGGUCGACCUUCGUCACACACUUCAGUGGAGAUGACUGUCAGAUCUUUCCGACACAGCAGAAGCUUUUUGACUUCAUAGACGCACGUGGGGAGGAGCAGCGCGAGGCGCAUGAUGCGGCACCACCAGCAAAGUGGUUGCCGUUUGGCAUCGAGUUUCCCUCAGAGGAGGAGGUGACGCGCGAGUUGGCGUCGCGGGCGCUCCGUGCAUCAACGGCAGCGUACCCCACCCCGUGCGGUGGGGGGGAUGCUGGUGGCAGACUGUUCCGCAAGCGCGCGUCCAGGAGAAGUGGUGGGGAUGCUCGGAAGACGGAGGACACGGCCGAGACUUCAUCUGCAGCGAAACGGCGGUGUCGGGCAGUGCUCCGGGAAGACUACGCGGUGCUGUACGGUGCCACGCCGCUUUCCUCGCAGACGCGAAUGUUUCUUGCGGUCACCGUCGCUGGUUUAACGCGCGUAAUGCGUGAAAUUGAGCCACUGCAGCAGCACCUGUACGAAUUGAUACGCGAGGGAUCGCCGUGUCACCUGUACUUUGAUGUCGAGCGCGAGAGGGACUACUCUGCGUGGCGCCGCGUUGUAAACCUUGUAGAUGCUGAUGCCGACGCUGCUGCGGAAUGGGGGGUGGCAGAUAGUGUCAUGGAUGAGUGCCGCGGCGCAGCGAAGUACAUGGCCGCGUUGUCGACCGCUGUGUGGCUACCACCGCGGUGUUGUGCGUGGAACUGUCGCCUGCGCGCUGACAACGGUCAGACGACGACGGUGCUGCUUGCAGAGCUUCGCAGGUUUCUGUGCAACGCGUACCCUGCAUUGAUAAUCACACCUGACUUGGAGAAGCAUCGGGGCUGCGAGGGCGAGGACGGUCGCUCGCGUCCUCCGGAGGAGGACAACACGGCACCCCCGCUAGGGCCUGGUGUGGAGGUGAUGAUAAUGCGCUCUGUGAACGCAGGUGAAACCGAAGGAGGCCAGGCUGGGAAGUUCUCGCAGCACUACGUGGUAAAGAUUGAGGGUCAGUGGUUCAACAGUAACGCCGACGUUGGGCGGCUCGUGGGGCAGUUCGUGGACUACUUAUACGAGCGGGCGAGGACAGUCCCUCGUGUGCACGUUGCACUCUUCUACCACGACGCGCCGAAGGAGUUUGCCGUCCUACCGCCUGCCGAGCCCUCGCAGCAUUUGCCGUUUCUCCCACUUCGGUGUGUUAUUGACACCGCCGUGUACAGUCGAAAUCGCAUGCUGCGCUGCCUUGGGAGUUGCAAGCUACACAAGCGAAGUAUCCUCGCGGUGGAGCGGUAUGUUUCCGCUAACGGCUCCACUGGAACAGGUACGACGAUGGUGGAUGCAGUGGCGCUCUUGGACUCCCUUGUGACCCUGCAGGUGGGGCACCGUGAUGUCAUUUCGAUUCUGCCCACAGCCGCCGGCACAGUUGGAGCAGUGAUACCAGCUGAGGGCCGCGUGUGCGGCGGUGCGGGGACUGAGUUACUGCGGAAUGUCGAUAUCACGCAGUAUGACGCCUUGGCGCGGCACGUUGCACAAGAGUGGAGCGCCGUAGGUGGGGCGCUGUGUCGAGUUAGUAGCGUGCGUCAACGCGGCGAGCGAUACCUGCUGCUGCUGCUUGAGGGUUCACGCUACUGCGGCAAUGUGAGACGGCAGCACCUCUCGAACAAUGUUUACGUCACCGUCGAUUUACAGCAGCAUGUGUGGGCGCAGAAGUGUUUUGACCCGGAUUGUGCCUCGUAUAGGUCUGCGCCGCGGGUGAUCCCUGCCGCGGUGUUGCCCACAGACAGGCAUGACUGGACGAAUGAAACACAAACAGCGGCUCUCGCGUCCCACGCCUUGCUGCGGACAACCUUUAAGCCACCAUGA